ACAAAAGCAGACGGCAUAACAGACGAAGCGGCCUCUUGACCGCACUGCGGUCACUUUCACACGGUGUGGCGUUCAUAUCGCACCGGAAAUCAUAACAUGGACAUACGUUCAUUAUACUGGCUACGGCGGACUAAAAUCAAUAACAAUAGUACCUAUAACAUUCAUUCAUUAGACUCUGACAUCUCUGUUUAACGAACUCGUGUCUGGGAGCAAUGAAGUUGCAGUGAACGCACGUAGCGGAUAUGAUAUUCGCAUUGAUUGCAGCCGGGUCAGCUUUAAAAGCUGGCUUGACGAUUGUGGGGACUAGCGUAUGGAUGAUACCGGUUUUGAUAGCCGCUAUGGCUUAUUACCGGUAUGACCUUUACGACCCAGAAUCGAGGCCUUUCAACCAAAAAAUACUGAGACGCGAAUACGACUUCAUUGUAAUCGGUGGCGGAUCAGCUGGUGCGGUGGUUGCUAGUAGGCUUUCAGAGAUAGGUCAUUGGAGUGUUUUGCUUCUGGAAGCCGGUCCGGACGAGAACGAACUGUCCGAUGUUCCUUCGUUGGCAGCCUAUCUUCAACUAUCGCGUCUAGACUGGCAAUACAAAACCGAACCAACUGGCAAGGCGUGCUUAGGCUUAAAGAACGGUCAGUGCAAUUGGCCUCGUGGUAAGGUAUUAGGUGGGUCAAGCGUAUUGAAUUACAUGUUAUACGUUAGAGGCAACCGACACGAUUAUGAUGGUUGGCGUGACAUGGGCAACGAUGGUUGGGGUUACAGUGAGAUAUUACAGUACUUUACUAAAUCAGAAGACAAUCGUAAUCCAUAUUUAGCCAGGCCGGGAUCACCGUAUCACAGAAAGGGUGGGCUGUUGACAGUACAAGAGGCUCCGUGGAAGAGUCCAUUAGUAUUGUCAUUUGUAGAAGCCGGUCAGGAAGUGACUGGUUACCCCAACAGAGACAUCAAUGGAAAAUAUCAAACCGGCUUUAUGGUUGCACAGGGUACAAUUCGGCGAGGUACUCGUUGUAGUACUGCUAAAGCUUUCCUUCGACCGGCUAGGCGCAGGCCCAACUUACAUAUAGCAAUGUACGCGCAUGUCACAAAAGUGGUCAUAAACCCCAUUACUAAACAAGCGACAGGAGUGCAAUUUUUGCGUGACGGCCGGAUUCAUUUGGUUCAUGCAAAACGGGAAGUAAUACUCUCAGCGGGUACCAUCGGCAGUGCACAACUCUUGAUGCUGUCUGGAGUUGGCCCGGGUGAGCAUUUACAAAGACUAGGUAUACCGGUGCUACAAAACCUACGUGUCGGUGACAAUCUACAAGAUCACGUAGGCAUGUUCGGGUUGACGUUCAUUGUGGACAAGCCUGUUGCUAUCAUACAAAAUAGAUUAAGGCCAAUUCCUGUAUCAAUGGAAUAUUUAACCCGAGAAAAUGGACCAAUGACCACGCUUGGAGGUGUCGAAGGACUGGGAUUUAUUCCUACUAUUUAUGCUAACAACACAGACUAUCCAGACCUCCAAUUUCAUAUGGCACCUGCAAGUAUUUCAUCUGACGAUGGUAUUAAAGUACGAAAAAUUCUUGGAGUCCAGGAUUCUAUAUACGACCAAGUGUUCCGUCCUAUAGCUAAGAAUGAUGCAUGGACCAUUAUGCCUCUCUUACUUAGGCCAAGAUCUCGUGGUAGUAUUAGACUAAGAUCAAAGAAUCCAAUGUCGUAUCCUUAUAUAGACGCCAAUUACUUUGAUGACCCAUUGGACAUAGCGAUUCUGGUCGAGGGCGUCAAACUGGCCGUAAAAAUCGGCCAGAGCAGAGCUUUCCGACAAUAUCGAUCGCGACUUCAUCGUGUACCAAUACCGGGGUGUGCUCGAUACGAGUUUGGUUCCGACAAAUAUUGGGAAUGUUCUAUCCGCCAUUUCAGCAUGACCAUAUACCAUCCAGUCGGCACGUGCAAAAUGGGACCUCCUAGUGACCCUGCCGCCGUAGUCGAUCCAAGACUGCGUGUAUACGGCGUGCAAGGUUUGCGGGUGGUCGAUGCGUCGAUAAUGCCAACAAUUGUCAGCGGCAACACGAACGCGCCAACAAUUAUGAUUGCUGAAAAAGCAUCGGAUAUGAUCAAACAAGAUUGGCUGUCUAAUAAUAACCGUUACCAAGGUUGAACCGCGAUCACUUCGGUCCAGCGGCAGAUGAGAAAUGGAAGUUUGACUUUUAAACUUUACCACUUAAUUAUUUAAAUGUGCCAUUUGCUAUAUAUUUACUACCAUAUAUAUAUUGUUAAAAAAUGUACAUACUCAAAUUUUGUUACCAUUUUUUUUUUUUUUUUUUUAAUAUUAUUGUACAUUACAUAAUGCAUAUAUUGCAUGUAAAAAUAGAAUAGGUUUUAUUUUGUAAUAUAUAUUAUUUUUACUUGUA